AUGAUUUGCUUCGCCCUUGAAGACGAAAACUCACUGCUUGCCCUUGAUGAAUACUGCCAAUCUGAAGGUUAUAGCUGUCCCGGGAUAUCCAUGGGCUCCAGUUAUUCGCCCCGGAGGAAAUUGAAGAGAGAAGGAACCAACCUAAUUCAUAUCAUCCUGCGUCUACGUCCUACGCGACGCCACCAAUUUGUCGAUGUCGACUCGCUUACGCCUCCACCAACAGCAGAAUCCUGUAUCAACCACGCGAAGUGGGAUUUAGUACAUGUGAAGUACCCCAUAAGCGACAAUCUUCGCCUUCUCCAGAAGCCAAUCGGUCCAGCCCAGGAAGCCUCUCAAACAAAGGCAGGGAAUGCUGUGAUUUCGGGAAGACGCACCUUUCAAGUCCAACACCAUCUUCUGCUGAAGAUAGACCCCGGUCAGCAGUACGGGGAUUACAGCUUAGGCGGGCCAGGCCAAAUGAUAUUGACAGGGGCCAACUUAACCUCGUUGUCGAAGGAUAUGUCUCUGUACUCCGGAGAAGUGAUGGUCAUUAAAUCUCACUGGGAACUACUAGAAGUCUCCAAUUCCCCUCUCGAAAAUACAGCACAAGCACCCAAGAGCAUGGAGCUUUCCUCAUUCUCCCGCAAUAAACUGCGCAAUUCCCAAAUCAUAUGCUAG